AUGGAAAAGUCGUUGCAGCUGUUGCAUGAGUUGAAUCAAACACGAGAUAAUGUGUUACCUGCGUUCAAUACAGAACUCGUGUCAUCUGUGAUUAGAGAAAUUAAUUCGCUUUCGGAACAAAUUUUCGAAAAUUUAGUUACACAAAAUACACAAAGCGACCAAAUUAGUGAAGAAGAUUUGGAGAAGCUUCGAAUGUCUUCAGCUGUUACUUUUACAAUUUAUGAAAGGUUUAAACGAAUUUUAUUGGCAUAUUUACACACGAGAUUGGAAAGAGUGAAAACCAUCAGCACUCUCCGUCAUGAAUCAAUUGAAAACACAAAACAAUGGAGAGACUUGAGUGACAAUGAGCAACGAUUUGCAACAGAAUACAGAAAGCUCGUUGAAAGCUAUGGCGAAGAUAUUGGAUUUGACAUGUUCAAAUUUAUUCAGCCUCCAAAAGGUGAUUGUGUGGAAGUGGAGGUCCUUCAAACUUGUGGAAGUCGUUUAUUGGAGAGUGGUAAAACGUAUCAUCUGGUACAAGGUUCUCACUUAUUUAUUCAACUCAGUGAUGCAGAAUACUUGAUUCAGCAAGGUCUUGUGAAACUGGUUUCGUGA